AUGCACUCAAUGCCCUGCGAGAACUCGGGGUUCAGCCCGAUAAUAAACGGUCCCUGGCUUGUGCUGCCUCUUGGCCUUCGCAACCCCACAUUCAAAGACGCCGACUCGGGGUUCGACUAGGGCGUCAUUGACCGGCUAGAAAGCGCCAAUCACAUCAGCUGUCGUAUCAUCCGCCCUCCGGGUCUUCCCAUCACCGACCUUAUCCGUGGUGUCGACAAGACACACUCUCCUCAUCGGUGACUUUGCGGAUUACCACUUGGUAGCCAAUUGCCCGCCAUGUCGGCUUUCGGCUCGGUCCCAUCGCUGCGGACCACCGCUACAAUGCGGUUGUGCGCCUCGUCCUCUUCCCUUGCCCUCCGCGCUGCCUUUCCCUCCGUGACGACGAUAUCGAGUCGAUUGCAAAGUCAAGCGGCACGGCGACAAUGGACUGGCGGCGUCGGCUCGAGGCGGUCGGUUGGGUCCAUCUCAACCAGCAAUGAUUCACAGCAGAAAUUGCUUGCCGCCGGGUUGCAGCAAGCUGACCCGGUCAUGUACGAGGUUGUCGAGAAGGAGAAACUCAGGCAAAAGCAGUUCAUCAACCUGAUUCCGUCCGAGAACUUCACUUCGCAGGCGGUGCUGGAUGCUUUAGGGAGUCCGAUGCAGAACAAGUACUCAGAGGGGUACCCCGGCGCGAGGUACUACGGAGGCAACGAGUUCAUUGACGCGUCAGAGAGACUAUGCCAGCAACGGGCACUUGAGACUUUUGGUUUGGAUGCAAAGGAAUGGGGUGUCAAUGUUCAAGCCCUCUCCGGUGCUCCCGCGAAUCUCUACGUCUAUUCGGCUCUAUUGGAAACACACGACCGCCUGAUGGGCCUUGACCUCCCUCACGGUGGACACCUGUCCCACGGGUACCAAACGCCAACCAAGAAGAUCUCGUUCAUUUCGAAGUACUUUGAGACGCUCCCGUACCGCCUCGACGAGUCCACGGGCUACAUUGACUACGACAAGCUCGAGGAGACGGCGGUUCUCUACCGGCCCAAGAUCAUUGUUGCCGGCGCCUCGGCGUACAGCCGGCUGAUUGACUAUGCACGCAUGCGGGACAUCUGCGACAAGGUCAAUGCCUACCUUCUCGCCGACAUGGCCCACAUUUCCGGCUUGGUGGCCGCCAAGGUCUUGCCCGGCCCGUUUGCCUACGCUGACAUUGUCACCACCACAAGCCACAAGUCCCUCCGCGGGCCGCGCGGCGCCCUCAUCUUCUUCCGCCGCGGCGUCCGCCGCAGGAAUCCCAAGACGGGCGCGGAAGAGAUGUACAACCUCGAAAACGCCAUCAACGCGUCGGUGUUCCCUGGUCAUCAGGGCGGCCCGCACAAUCACACCAUCGCGGCGCUCGCCGUCGCCCUGAAGCAGGCCCAAAGCCCAGAGUUCCGCGCUUACCAAUCGCAGGUCCUCUCCAACGCCCAAGCCCUCGCCCGUCGGCUGGGCGAACCCAAGGAAAAAGGAGGCCUGGGCUACCGCAUUGUCAGCGGCGGCACCGACAACCAUCUCGUCCUCGUCGACCUGAAGCCGCAGGGUGUCGACGGUGCCCGGGUCGAGCGCGUGCUGGAACUCGUCGGCGUCGCGGCCAACAAGAACACGGUUCCCGGCGACAAGUCGGCGCUCACCCCAGGCGGACUCCGCAUGGGCACGCCCGCCAUGACGACCCGCGGCUUCAACGAGAACGACUUUGAGCGCGUGGCGGACAUUGUCGACCGCGCCGUUACCAUCGCCGCGCGGGUUGACAAGGCGGCACGCAAGGCGGCUGAGGAGAAGGGCGAGGCCAAGACGGCCGGUCGGCUCAAGACUUUUAUGGAUUACCUGGGUACCGGCGAGACGGAUACCGAGAUUGUGCAGCUGAGGAGCGAGGUUGCCGAUUGGGUGAGCACGUAUCCCCUCCCGUGGGAUUCAAAGGAGUAGUAAUUAGUAGGUUGGUGGGUCUGAGGAAUACAUGACAUCUAGCGUCUGCGGUGGGAGAUGGAAGUGAUGAUGCGCAAGGGAAAUGGCAAAACGGAUGUGGACACGAUACGAUGCAUGUAAUUGUUCAUGUGACUUUGAUUUCAUCAUUAUCACGAGGCGUUAUGCCGGGCGAGCGGGUUUAACAGUCACUUGCCCUGAUUGAAUGCUGCAUUCAACUCGAGGACCCGGGGUUUGGAUAAUCUCAACUUGAACCUACUGAAGACGAGCAACAUCCGAAGGUCUCGGACGACCUAUCGGAAUUUGUGUCCAUGCGCGAUGGGAUGGUAUGGGACUUUGCUUGGUAUCCAAUUUCUGCUUGCUAA